UUUGGGUUUUUGUAAAUAACUGACAGGAGAUGGGCUGCUUCUAUCAAAGUAUUAACCCAAGUGGUGGGGGUUAAUCAUUAAACCUUCUAGCUGGUGGCUUGCUUUUUUUCUCUGAUAUUCUAAUCCAGAUCACAGAAUGGGUGCAGAAAAUGCCUUUAAAGUGAGACUUAGUAUCAAAACAGCUCUGGGAGAUAAAGCAUAUGCCUGGGAUACAAAUGAAGAAUAUCUAUUCAAAGCAAUGGUAGCUUUCUCCAUGAGAAAAAUUCCCAAGAGAGAAAAAACAGAUAUUUCCCAUGUCCUACUUUGCAAUGUGACCCAGCGGGUGUCAUUCUGGUUUGUGGUUACAGAUCCUUCGAAAAAUCACACCCUUCCUGCUGAUGAGAUACAGUCAGCCAUAAGAAUGAAUAGGAACCGGAUCAAUAAUGCCUUCUCUUUGAAUGACCAGACUCUGGAAUUUUUAAAAAUUCCUUCCACUCUUGCACCACCUGUUGACCCAUCUGUGCCCGUCUGGAUUAUAAUAUUUGGUGUGAUAUUUUGUAUCGUCAUAGUUGCAAUCACACUAUUGAUUUUAUCAGGAAUCCGGCAACGUAGAAGGAAGAACAAAGGACCAUCUGAAGUGGAGGACGCUGAAGAUAAGUGCGAAAACACCGUCACAAUUGAAAAUGGCAUCCCCUGUGACCCCCUGGACUCGAAGAGAUGGCACAUCAAUGACACCUUUAUGACAGAGGAUGAGCGGCUCACCCCUCUCUAAAGGGCUGCAGUUUUGCUUCCCAAGAAACUCAACGCUUGUUUCUGUGCAGCUGUUGAGCACCACAAAUUAUCAAGGGCAGAUUACAUAUUUUUUUUCACCUUUCUUCUUUUGUAAGAAAUUUUGAAUGCACACGAAAGUGCAAGGCAAUCAGUUAUACCCAUGAAUACCAUUGGAAUCAUAAGCUGUUGAAUACUCCAAGUAUUCUAAAAUAUUUCCCUGACAACGCAAUGUGUAAGUGUAGUCAUUUGGUGUUUGUAACUCUUGAUUUAAAAACCCAUCAGUAUUUAAGCAUUAAAAAUAAGGUCAGGGCACAAUAUAUAUUUCACACUCUGAAGACCUAAGGAAAAACAUUUUUCCAGUGGCAAAUACCUAUAAUAUGGUGUAGAAAUCAUUGAAAAUUGAUCCUUUUGAAUAUUGUUUAUAUCACUCUGUAUCUGACAAGAAAUAAGCAAGAAUAAAAGUAAUUAUUGUAAAUGGGAUGGAUAAAAAUGGGAGUGUUGAUAAACAAGGUGGAAUUUGAUCCUGUAAUUAUACCAACAGUUGCCUGUGUAAUUUCUAUCAGUCUCUAAUAGGGCAGCUCUGUUUGUUGAGUAGUCCUGCAAUUUGUAAGAGUACAAU